UCAAAGUGCUGCGAGUCUCACAAAACUUAUCAAUAAUAUUUCAGCUGAUCCAACGUUUAUCUAGCAUCGAACGUGUAUUUCGUAAUACGUUUAAUCUUACAAAACUUGUGACUUCGACCUAUUUUCGGUAUUUAAAAAAUUUACCGCUUCUGUCUGUAAACCUUGUAACCAAUUCACGGAAAGAACUAAUCAUUCGCUAGAAGAUUCGCCGACUAGGAAUGUUUAUUUGAUGAAAUGAAGUGUUCUGUUGCUGAAUUCAAUUUUUGCAAUUAAUCAGGUUAUUUCUAGGAGAAGGAAUGGCAAGUAGACCACCACCGCCACCAAGUUCACCAUUUCAGUUUACAUUUGGAAGUCCGUCUUGGAGAUUCCAAAUUCAACAAGGAAACAAUCAGCAACUUGUACUGUCACAAUGGCUACAAGGUCAGGGAUUGCAAGGACGACAAAGAGAAAGUUUAACACAGCCCAGCGGUCAAGUACAACCAGUCACUAACAUUGAGACAACUGUAAACAUAUCCAGUUCAGACAGUCCCAUUUUGAACCAGUCACCUUCAAAUGAGCACACCCUUCCCAGUUCUCCUACAACCCAACCAGCCACUAAUGUAUCAACUAAUCCAUUCUCAGCAAUCAGCCAAUUUCUGGAACAGAAUCCAGAGAUGUAUGGUGUUCUGCAGAAAGUUCUGACGUACAUUCCUUUCUUAAUCCUCAUUUUGUUUAAGGAAAUCUACAAACACACUUCAGAUAUACUUGUUAUUCUGGCAUUGGUUGUGACUUUUGUCCAUGCUGAUAGAACUGUACAAAGAGAAGUGUCCAAACAAGGCAAGAGAGAAUUGAAACCAUUAGGAAUAAUAUCCCUAAAUAUUGUUGCAUGCAUCUUACUUGUGCACUUCCUGUGUGGUGACAAUGAACUUUACCACAGUCUUUUGGUUUUCACACCGAAUUCGGCUCCGCUGUCAUUGGCCAAUUUACUUUGGAUCGUGACGACAACUGAUCAUAUCCUGAAAAUUAUUACUGUCCUUUUAAAAGGAUUGCUAGCUUCGUUUCCACUUGGAUUUUUUCCUAUCUCACACCGGGGGAAAUAUUUCGCUUUCAUUGAAAGAUCGUCUCACCUUUACCGAGCAUUAGCUGCAGUCCCACCAUGGAUUCACUACCUUCUAACAAGUCAAUCAAGUGAAAAUUCGGGCUUAUAUUAUUACGAUACCCUCAUUGGAGUCUGUCUGUGUGGGAUUUAUUUAACAUGCAAAGCCUAUGGGGCUAUCAGACUUGUCACAGAAUGGAAGCUUUCAGUGUCAAAACUUUUUCAAAGCACACGCUAUGGAAGUCAUCCUUCCAAUGAACAACUACAAGAUGCAGGCCCAAUGUGCCCUAUUUGUCAUGAUGGCUACCGAAAACCUACGUUCCUCUCUUGCAAACAUAUAUUCUGCGAAGAUUGCCUGGCGAUGUGGCUGGAUAGGGAGAGAACAUGUCCGAUGUGUCGUGCAACGGUCGCCGAGGAUCCAAAAUGGAAAGAUGGUAGUACUUCAUAUCUUGUCCAGCUUUUCUGACUUGUUUUCAGGGCCCAUACCUUAACAUAGAUGCCUCAUUUUAUAUAUUAUAUUGUAUUAAUCGGUUUGCAAAUUUCGUGACGUUGAUGUUGUUGAGAUCGAAUGAUUGAAGGCUCAUUCUGUAUAUCGUAAAAAAAAUCAAUUCAAAAAUUUCGUUUUGCUGCUUUUGAUUUUCCUGUUUAUCUUCAUCAUUUUGGGGUUUUUUUAUUUCCUCGGACGAAAUGACGAUCGCAAACGUGAUAAUGUCAUAACUUGUGAUAUGUUAAGAGGAAUAAUACAGCUUUUCAUCAUAGA